UCCUCGUCAAGAUGGCGGCGUGGGGCAGGAGGCGCGGCGUCCAGGGGAUGAGGGAAAGGGGAACCCUGACCUCCACAGAUUGCUACAUAGUCCGUGAAAUCUACAAUGGGGAAAAUGCACAGGAGCAAUUUGAGUAUGAGCUGGAACAAGCCCUGGAGGCACAGUACAAAUAUAUUGUGGUUGAGCCAACCCGGAUUGGAGAUGAAACAGCGCGCUGGAUAGCAGUUGGAAAUUGCCUGCAUAAAACCUCCGUUCUCGCAGGAUCCGCCUGUCUGUUAACCCCAUUGUCACUGCCCCUGGAAUACUCCCGUUAUGUUAUACUACCAGCCGGGGCCAUCAGCGUGGCGUGCGCGGCUCUCUAUGGCAUCUCUUGGCAAUUCGACCCUUGCUGCAAGUACCAAGUGGAGUACGACACGUGCAAACUCUCCCGGUUACCCCUGAACACGCUCACCUCAUCCACACCCGUGGUUCUCGUCAGGAAAGAUGACAUACACAGGAAAAGACUCCACAAUACGAUAGCAUUGGCAGCCCUGGUGUACUGCGUUAAGAAAAUCUGUGAGAUCUAUGUAGUAUGAUUGAAAUUCAAAAAAAAAGACGGAGUUGUAUCCACUCUAUAGUGCUAUUACUUAUGACAAAAUUGUGGUCAGGUUGAGACUGCAGGAACAAGGUUUAUAAUAGGUUUUCAAAAGUACCUUCUUGUCUACUGAGGUUUUCAAUCCACACACUAGAUCUUGUCAAUCCCAAUGAUCCUAACUCUCUGUAAAAGACCACAAUACAAAUGACGUUUAUGUAAGAGGUUUGUAACCUGCAGAUCUGCUGAGGUGAUUCAAGCGCUGAGAGAGUGCAAAUGUUCCUCAACACCCUGAAGUACUUCAAUGUGUCUGUGCUGCAUUUUUAUAAAGGUAUUAUCUGGCUUACAAAGAAUAUUUUGAGCUAGAAGAUUUCUAAAUGUGUUUUAUACAUUCAAAAUUUAAUGCAGUAAUUUGAAAUUGCAAUACUGGCUGUUGGCAACUCUCACACCAACUUCAAUUGUUGUGAUUUUUAAAUGAAUGUAAAAAUAUAUUAUCUACCUAAUAAAUUACUCCCUGGUCAUCAACAGCAAGAGCCAAUGCAAUCCAUUUGAUCCAAUUUUCCAUUAUUGCUUCCAACAGUGAAAACUGUAGUGAAAUUAUGUAAUAGGUUUUGAAUUGUUAGAACAAAACUGGAGCAAAAUUCCUUUAUAAACCAGAUAUUCCCUUUUUAGCAUGUUUGCUCUAAUGUGCAUUAAUUCCAUGCAACUUGGGUAUAUGUAAUGCUUUUCAACUGUAAAUUAUUGUCAGGGUUGUGGCAGCUUAAUGGGCCAUAAUGGGUUGAUUGAGAAGGAAAGGUGGAGCACUGCUCCUCUGUUAGUUUAUAAUUGUGUCACACCCGGGUGAACCUACGAAGCCACGUUCCAUUUUUAAUAGUCUCUUAGCCUUCUCACUAACAAAAAAUCUCUUGCUAUCACUCUCUCGCUUCUCCUUCCUUCCCCCCCCUCCCGGCUUUUAGUUCAUAACUGUGCAUGAACCUGGAAAUGUAUUGAAGGAAGAAUCUGAUGUAAGUAUUAAAUCAGUGUCUUCAUUGAGUUGAAACCUUUGGCUAACCGUACAGAACUUUCCACCCUUAUUGCAUUGUUAUAUUGCAUCCCUGUAUAUUGUCUGGUUCUGGUUUCCAUGCACCACAAGCUGCCACUGGUAACAUACAUAUCCUUUGUUAUUGGUAAUAAAAGGGACCAUUUGGGGAGAAGUCACCAUUUCAUUAGAUCCAUAAUCGGUGACAAUUUUCCAACCUGAAACAAUAGGUCAGUAUUUACCACACACUAAAUAUUUUUGAUUCCUCAUAGUAAUGGGUGUGGGAAAGUGUGAGUCGAUGCAAGGGUAUAAUAUGAAGGAUCUAACGUGGAAUUGCAUUCGCUAGGGCUCCAGAUUGUGAGAUCAGAUUGUGCAGAUGCUGUAGUAUUACAGUGCAAAGUUACAUACAGUAUACUGUAUUUUCCUUGGCUUGCAUUGUGGAAGUGCUAUUUAUGUACUGCGGUGAUAAAAUGUAUGUGCCCAAUUGGCAGACUUGAGCAUUCACUGACAAUCGCACACUUCAAGUCGUGACAGAUUGUUGUGCACGAUAUAUCAAAUUUAUAUUUUAAGAAAUAUAAUUUUUUGGGAAACUUUGACCGUGUAUCCUGGACAUUCUUCAGACAAUCCAAUAAAGAAUGUGGUGAAAUGGUGUUGGAGAACCUCUGGGACGUUACAGUAGCCUGGUUGACAUUCAUCUCAAGUUUCUCAAUGGUAAUGAGAUGCUUUGUGCUUAACGUGGAGCCUGUGAGAAACACUGUAACCCAAGCUAUUUAUAUAUCCAACUGGCUGACACUAAUAUUUAUGGUAUAUCCCUGACAAGGAUUUAUCUCGUGUACUGGUAUAAAGGAAUUUCUACUGGAAACCAGCAGAUCACACUGCAGAUUUUUUUCUUGCUUAAUUUGUGUUUGCCCUACACAACAAAUUAAAAAGUUUCUCUAAA